AUGCUCUCGCGUGGCUGCUCAUGUCUAAGAAGGCCUCUGUCUGCCGCCUUGGAUGCUCUCGCGGCUAGCCCCGAUGAGCCUCUGCUCUUCCUCUACCCCCGAUGGGCUGCCUCGGCAGUUCGCCGAAGACGCCCUCUUUCUACCGUCCCAAGGACUUCACCCCUCCGACUCGAAACGCGAAUCCCAUGCAGCGCAAAGGUGCACACAAAUUCUGGCGGGAACAAAGGUAGUCGCCAUCUUUCAGUUCGCGGGAUCGCUCAUCAUACAGCCUCAAGUCGGAUCGAGGCCGAUCCCAAUGAACUUGCAGAUGAUACAAAAACCGAAGAUGGUCAGAGGAGCGAUGUACAAGUCAAAUUAGGUUCGCCAACGUUGAUUCACACCCAAUCCAGCCCGGAACAUCCAGCGCCGCCUUCAUCUCAACUCAGCCGCGUCGUCGAGCGAGCAGGCAAGAAGCCGAAGCGACAAGAAUUUCUCGAAUCUGAUCCAUGGCCGAUGACACCGGGCUCUCGCGUCCGUGUACCCAAGAAUCUGUGGGAACGAAAUUUAUCGCCUCGCAAUCGGAGGCAGAUUCGGUACGGGGAAUUCAUUCUUGCCAACGAGAAUCGCGGGGGAAUACCCCCCGAUUCAAAAACAUGGCUUGACAUGCGCGAUCUUUUGAACUCAAUUCAACGUCAGGUCAAAGGUGUCAAUCGAAGGGGUACAAAGUUCAAAGAGAUGCUCGUUCCCGAGGAAACCGUCGCCCUCCUGGCGGGUGCGACCAGUCCAGGCAAAGCCGCCGAGGAGAAUAUGUGGCAUCUGCCCGUCCGUCAUGGAUGUCUAGUGCAAGUGUUACCGGCAGAGAAGGGUGAUGGUAUCUAUCGAAAGAUGGUUCUUCAUGGCUCAGAAGGUACACUGGAAGCAGUUGAGGAAAUGGUCAAGCGACAACAAGAGCGACAAGCAAAGGGGGAUCCACUUGUCGAGAUUCAAAAACCCCCUGUACCUAUCGUUGCCUCGACCCAGAAGCUUCGCAAGCUGAAGCGGCCCGUACCAUUGGUUCGUGCAGUGUGGACGACACCGCAUGACGAUCAACAACCGCUCGACAUUACGAAAGUCAUGGAGCAGAGCUCUACAAUCUCGUCCGUGAAAGACUUCGCUGAUCAUAUCGAGGAUCUGACUUCUGCGAAGAUGACGCAUCCCGUUAGAGCAGCUCGACUGGAAGGCCCGACUGCAAUCCCUCUCCCAAGACGAGUGGCAGAGCAUAUUGGUCGUUUGUUUCGACGGGACUCUCUCCGCAAGUCCUUGUCGACCGCUGCUCUGAAUAAUGCCCUCCGAUAUCUCUACAAGUACGAAUUCCUUCACAUUGCCCGAGAUGUGUUUGGUGCUGCAGAGUAUCUAGCCACGGUAGAUUCAUACAAUGUCCUGUUGCGGUCCGCGGCCUUGCGACAGGAUCGUCGAAUGUUUGAAUUUUUCCUGCAAGCUAUGGCCAAGCGUCGAAUUAGUCCCAAUUCAGACACUUGGUUGGUACUGCUGCAAGCCAUGCUCACCCAGAAGUCCAAAGCUGCUAUCAUCAAGGAAAUGGCAAAGAAGGGUUAUAUGAAAGAUAUCAACACCACACGCAGCGCCUUGCAAUUGACCAUUUCUGACUCGUUCUUCGUGCACUUGGAAGGGGGUCAGGAUGUUUAUAGCUUCUUCGAGCUCAUGGUCAAGACGAACGGGGCCGACUGGUUUACUGCGUCCCUAUUGAGCCAGAUGUUGAACGUGACUGUCCGACUCAAGAAUUACUCCGCGAUGCAGGAGUUGCUCGACAUCUGUGACAAAUACCGUCUCGAUAUGAACAGUUCUUGUCUCAUGCAAGUCUUGCACAUGACCUCGGAUGACAUUUUCACCGCUUUGGAACAUACGCUCAAGAUCAUGAAGCGAUCGAGCUUCAAACUCAAUCGCGAAGCUAUGUCCAAGCUUUUUUCAAUUGCGUUUGACGGCUUCCACUACAAUAUAUGCCGUGUUCUCUGGCAUUAUGCUUGUCUGCAGGAUCUCGUGACCCAGGACAUGCGCAAUCUUGUUUUGGACUCGCUUGUCCGUAAUGCCUCUCUGGAAGCGUCCUCGGACGAUAUUCGCAAGAUCUGGCAUGUCUGUGCUGGAAAGGUGGUUAUCCGCCGUGACUCACGCGCCAGGUUCAGAAUCCAGCCGGAGUACCUCCAGAGACUCCCCUCUGAAUUCCAUGAGAAUCCCUUCCUCUACUUGGUGUCCGGCUACAAGAGCUUGGGUCCUGAGCGAGCUCUCCAGCUCCAGCUUGCCAAGAUCUUUGUCAAUCGUGAUGUUCUAACCAAUUCUCGACCCAAAUUCCCCUUGCCUCUCAUGCUGGAAGCUGCCGCCGUCAUGGAUCAGGAAUGGCGCGGCAAGCCAUGGCCUUUGGCAUGGAUGCUGCAGAACUCGAUUGGUAUUCCAACCACGAGGCAGGUUUGA